AUGGCUGAAAUGCUGUCCCCUUCGCAGACUGCGGCCCUACUCGACAUCCUGACCCAUUACGACACCUACGCGCAGAUACGCGAGUUCCGCAGACCCGGCAGCCUUGCCAGAUAUGGUCCCCCGUUCACAGCCCACAAGGACACCCCAUCCAGCUCACCGGCCCUGCAGGCGCUUGUGUCACGGUACUUGUUGAAUCUGCCCGGGUUGAACAACCUCCCCGAGAAAUGGUGGACCGUGCAAUGCCACGACAUCAUCGAGAACCUGGAGAAAGCCAAUCUGAGCGAGAGCUACGACAAGGGCGUCAUUGGCAGCCGCAAGACGCUGGCGACGGCCAUCUCUGCUCUGAUCGAGUAUCCCGUCCGAGGCACCUUUGCGGGCUUCCCACGGAUCAAGGAUCACGACGAGCACUACGAUUUGACCAAUGCCGAGGAUCUGCGCCGUGCCUUUCGUGACUUCCUGCAGGAGUCCGUCUAUGGAGAUAUCCUCGAUCGGAUGGUCGAGAAGACGGCCACGACGGACAACCUCGGGGACCACCCUCAGUUGACCAAAGCCGUGCACGAGUUUGUGCUUGUCAACCUCGCCUCCUUGAUGCACUAUACGCUUAUCCUAUCGCCCAAGGGACAGUAUCUGCUGAAGCUGGUGGACAAUGCCAACAAGCUAGUCCCAUACAUGGUUCUCCGGCAGACCCUCAAGAUCGGCAACGUGGCCACCAUGAUCAACGCCAUGGUCAAGGUCGGGCUCGCCAAGAUGAGCGUCGCCAGCGUCACCAACUGGAUGGGCUUGACCAAGGAUCAGGACGAGGGGAGCAAUCUCAUGCAGACGAUCAUCUCCACCGUCCUCGGCUGGGACAUCAAAGACCUCGAGGCACGGGGCUCCAGACUCGAACGAGAACGCGCGCAGCUCGGCAAAGACCAACUGCACGCCCUGAAAGAGUACACGACCAAGUCGCAAGACGAGCAAGAUCGGAUACGCAAAGAAAGCCAAACGCAGUCCAUCUCCAUCGUCACCGCCAUCUUAAAGGACGCCAAAUCCCCUUCGACCGAGCUGACCGACAUGCACCACAAGCAAGCACUCGAAUACCUGUCCAUCCAGCUCUCGGUCCGCGACCGCAGACAACUCGUCCAGGUUCUUUGCAAGUCUACGCCCGACCAUCUGACAAUGUCAGUCCGGGAGGUGGUCGAUGCCUACGAACCCGUCAUCCGAAGGAUGCACAAGGCGAUCGACCUGGCCUCGACGCUCUCGGACUUUGAAUACUUCCUCAAAGACCUUAUCAAGCUCGCCCGGAUCCGCACCGACCCCAAAACGAACAAGGCCGUUGUCCCGACGGUCGGCGACUUUGUGCAACUCCUCCGCAAGCACCAGCGGUCAUGUCACGUCUUCAUGCACCAGUGUGCCAAGAACGACAAGGAGCUCACGGGAUGGUAUCUCGACUGGGCCAAGACCGCGGCCUCGCAGUUCAAACAAGAACCAGGUGAUGGCCACGACGACACAACAGCGAAGCACGGCAAAGGCGGCGCCGGCAACCUGACGCCCGCGCUGCACGACCUCUUCGCCUCGCUCGACGAGGCCACCCGGUCGCGCAUCCUCCCCAUCCUCGACUCGCACUCGAAUUUCAUGGAGGAGAUGCACGCGCAGUCUCUCUCUAGACUGGCAUUGGUUUUGAGGUCACCGCCCUCGAAGAACCCGCACAUCGCCAAGAUCUUCUCCUCCACACCGACUCAUUCGUCGUCGAGCCGGCCGUCGUCGCGACCACCAUCUCCGACCCGCGACGGCGCAGAGACACCCACCUCCGUUGCCUCCGAAACGCAAACCCAAAGCGACACGUCGCGCGAGAUCAAAGAACAGCCCACCCCUGCGGACGUGUCCUCGAGCCCCGGUCCUGGCGCGUUUCUGGCACGCUGGCAGGCCUUGCUCGACGCCACGCCCAUCACGCCACUCACCCAGCACGGCAGCCUCAAGGCCGCGAGCAGUCCCGAAGUCGUGCAGUCUAGCGCCACGGACGUGGACGGAUCGCGGCUCGUCGAGUUUGCGGACACGGAGGCGAGGGGGGGGAAGAUUAGGGUGGAGGAUCAGAGUCGGAGUCAAGGUGAGAGUCAGAGUCAGAAUCGCGACGAAGUAGGGAUAGGGGUGGAAGCUCGGAAGAGGCAGCGCGAGUUGAAGGUCGUGAUCGAUGCCCUGGGGAGGGAGUUUCGGGAGUUACUUGGCAGGAGGGGGUGUUGUUGGUAG